GUCUUGAAAUGAGCGCACAACAACGUUUGUUGUUUCUUGCUCUUGGCACUCAUCAAAUAUUUUGAUAGAUACAUAUAGCUUUGAUUCACAUCUCUAUGUCUGUAUCCUAAUAGCAGCUAGAGUAGUACUAUAAUAGUCUAUAUCACACUUCAAUGGAAAUUCUUACUUUCAUCUUUAUACUACUUGCCUCUCUCAAAGUUUGCAUAGGAUCAGACACCAUUCAUUUGUCACAAUCCAUCACCUAUAACAAAACCUUGGUGUCCCAAAAUGGAUGGUUUGAACUUGGUUUCUUCAAUCCCGACAUGUCUAAUAAAACAUACCUCGGUAUCUGGUUCAAGAACAUCCCUAUUCGACAAGUCGUUUGGGUCGCAAAUAGGGUCCAACCAAUCAUCGGCUCUGAUGGCAUCAUGUUAACAUUGAACAGCACAGGCAACCUCGUCCUCACCCAAAACGGCACUGUUUUUUGGCACACAAACAUUCAAAAGCAAGAACUGAAUGAUAAUCUAGUGGUUGUUCUAUUGGACAGUGGCAAUCUUGUGGUGAGAAAUGACCAAGAAGGGUAUUUGUGGCAGAGCUUUGACUACCCAUCAGACACAUUGCUGCCAGGGAUGAAAUUGGGAAGAAGCUUCAAAUUGGGACAUGAUUGGAAAUUGACAUCAUGGAAGAGUUCACAAGAUCCAUCACCAGGUGAUGUUACAUGGAGUUUAGUAUUGCAUAAUUAUCCUGAAUAUUACAUGAUGAAGGGAACAGAGAAACACUACAGGUUAGGACCAUGGAAUGGACAACAUAUUAGUGGAAUACCAGAACAAGAAUCUAACUCCUUCAUGAAUUACGACCUUGUCAGUGAUGAAAAUGAAAUGUUCUACUCGUUCAGCCUCAAGAACAAAUCUGUCAUCUCAAUUAUGCUGCUGAAUCAAAGUCAAACAACUGUUUUUCACAAUGUGUGGAAUGAUGAGAAUCAAAAUUGGAGGACUUAUAUUUCACUCCCUAAGGACUAUUGUGACACUUAUGGUCUAUGUGGAGCUUAUGGGAAUUGCAUGAUUACAAGGGGACAAGUGUGCCAAUGUUUCAAGGGGUUUAGUCCGAAGUCACCACAAGCAUGGACAACAUCGGAUUGGAAUGAAGGAUGUGUGAGAGAUACACCAUUGAGCUGCAACAAUGGGACAGUGAAAGAUGGAUUUGUUAAAUUUGAAGGGCUGAAAGUUCCGGACACUACACAUACUUGGUUGAAUAGAACUAUGGGUCUUGAGAAAUGCAGAGAGAAGUGCUUGAAUAAUUGUUCUUGUAUGGCUUAUGCAAAUUCAAACAUAAGUGGUGGAGGUAGUGGAUGUGUCUUGUGGUUUGGUGAUCUGAUUGACAUAAGGCAGUUUGAUAAUGGUGGCCAAGAUCUUUACAUUCGGAUGUCAGGUUCAAUGUUAGAAGGGCGUGAAGACAGGCGCAAAAAGAAGAGGAGGACUAUAGUUGCUACCACGAUUAUUGCUUUAAUUUGUGGAGUGUGUAUUUAUUUCAUCUGGAGAGUUCGGAGGAAGAAUGCUGAGAGAUCUCAAGGUCAUGUGGAUGAUCUGGAUCUCCCAUUGUUUGAUCUACGAACAAUUUCUAAAGCCACUAAUGGCUUUGCAAUGAACAAAAAGAUUGGAGAAGGUGGUUUUGGACCUGUAUAUAAGGGAAAAUUAGCAGAUGGUCAAGAAAUUGCAGUGAAGAAACUUUCAAUCUUCUCAGGACAAGGGAUGGAUGAGUUCAUAAAUGAAGUAAAAUUAAUUGCACAACUUCAACAUCGAAACCUUGUAAAACUUUUGGGUUGCUGCGUUCAAGGAGAACAACGAAUGUUAGUUUAUGAAUACAUGGCUAAUGGUAGCCUAGACUCCUUCAUUUUUGCAGAUGCUACCAAGGGUAAAAUGCUACAAUGGCCUCUACGGUUCAACAUAAUAUGUGGAAUUGCUAGGGGGCUCAUGUAUCUUCACCAAGAUUCUAGACUGAGGAUUAUUCAUAGAGAUCUCAAAGCAAGUAAUGUUUUACUUGAUGAUAAUUUGAAUCCAAAAAUAUCAGAUUUUGGAACAGCUAGAACUUUUGGAGGAGACCAAAUUGAAGGAAACACAAAAAGAAUAAUAGGAACUUAUGGGUACAUGGCACCUGAAUAUGCUGUUGAUGGAAUCUUUUCAGUGAAAUCUGAUGUUUUUAGCUUUGGCAUUUUAUUGUUGGAGAUUUUAUGCGGCAAAAGAAAUAGAGGAUAUUACCACAUAGAUGACACUCUUAAUCUUGUUGGUCAAGCAUGGAGAUUGUGGAAAGAAGGCAGGGCUUUAGAGUUGAUGGACUCAAACAUAGGUAGUGACACAUGUGUUGUAUCAGAAGUGAUGCGUUGCUUACAUGUUAGUCUACUGUGCGUGCAACAAAAUCCAAAUGAUAGGCCUAUUAUGGCCUCUGUGAUUCUAAUGUUAGGGAGUGAAAUGGAGUUGGAGGAGCCUAAAGAACCUGGAUUCAUUUUGAAAAACUUUCAAACUGAGUCAUGUGUACAUACAAGUCAGAAUGGAGAAUGUAGUUCAACAAAUGAAGUGACAAUGACCUUAUUAUAUGCUCGAUGAAAAUAAUGUAGUAAGGAAAGUUGCACUAAAUUAAAGUAUAUAGGGAUGUAUUGCAAAGUAUUUCUUUUAAAAGGUAGACUUGUGCAUGCCA